GUGACGUUCCGGGUCAGAAAUUUUAGGUGUAUUUUAAGUUUUUCGAGAUGACCAUAACGAAAGAAGUGUUUGGUGUUGGGAAGUAAUAUUUCCAUGAAAAAUGCGGAACAUGAGUUAAUAUAUGUGCAAAAAUGUCACAUAAAUGCAUGAAGGAAGGGCUCACCUAACCUAAUCUUUUACACCUACAACAACAACAACACCAGCCAAAUGAACGUUGUUAUGCAGAAGUUCCGUGUCCUUGGAAAAAAGGGUGAAGGGACAUUUUCAGAGGUAUUAAAAUGCCAGAAUAUCAAGGAUGGCUCAUACUGGGCCUGCAAAAAAAUGAAGCAACAUUAUGAAAGUUUAGAUCAAGUGAAUAAUCUGCGGGAGAUUCAGGCGAUGAGAAGACUCAGUCCUCACCCAAACAUACUGGAGCUGGAGGAAGUGAUCUUUGACAAGCGUUCUGGUACCCUGGUGUUGAUAUGUGAGCUCAUGGAUAUGAAUAUUUAUGAGCUGAUAAGAGGUAAGCGGCACUACCUGCCAGAGAGGACAGUCAAAAACUACAUGUACCAGCUGUGCAAGUCUGUGGACCAUAUGCACAGAAAUGGCAUUUUUCAUCGGGAUGUAAAACCAGAGAACAUUUUAAUACGAGAGGAUGUGUUGAAGCUCGCUGAUUUUGGAUCGUGUAGGAGUGUCUACUCUAAGCAGCCUUACACAGAGUACAUAUCUACACGGUGGUACAGAGCACCAGAGUGCUUGUUGACAGAUGGUUACUAUGGUUAUAAGAUGGACAUGUGGAGUGUUGGCUGUGUAUUUUUUGAAAUCCUCAGCCUCCAUCCUCUAUUCCCAGGCUCCAAUGAAGUAGACCAGAUAGCCAAGAUCCAUGACAUUGUGGGCACACCAGAACCUGGUGUUCUCAACAAGCUCAGGAAUAAAGCAAGAGGCAUGAAUUUUAACUUCCCUUCAAAGAAAGGCACUGGUAUGGAGAGAUUGUUACCACACGCUCCAAAGGAGGCUAUUGAGCUGAUUUACAAACUGUGUGCGUAUGACCCAGAGGAGAGGCUAUCGGCUAAACAGUCCCUGAGGCACCCUUACUUCAAAGAGUACAGAGAUGCUGACAGGAGAGCAGCAGCGGCCAACAAAGCCCAGAAGGAAAACGAGAUUAAAAACCUCCAGAUUAAGAAUGAGACCAACAAUGCCAAGAAUACUGCAGCUAAGGAGGAGAAGAUGGAGAUUGUCCGCCCCAGGGUGGAGCUGUCCAAACAUGGCCCCCCAGCUGAAAUCACGCCCCUUAUCUUCCCCAAAGCUCAGUCCCUCCCUGCUCAGAUACAGCCAUUCAGGAAGCGGAAGAAGAAGCGUUAUGAGCAUAACUUUGGGACUGGCUUGAGUCUACCUCGUGUUCCAAACCAUGGAUCCUCAUUGGCAUCUACUUAUCAUCAUGCACCUACCUUCUCCACCACGUUCAAGUACAGACCCUCAGCGUCCACAUUUCUACCCAGUAUACACAGCUACAAACCUAAAAAGGCCCCAAACCAGUCCUCAAAGCAUCUGUUUGGACAGUACCAGUUUAGCAUGCUAGCAAAGCGGGGAUCAGAUUUUUAACAAUCUCAAGGACAAGAUGCAACUUUUUGACAGGCAUUUGAACUUUUCUCAUCACAAGCAUGAUUUACGA